UUGACCGUAUUAAUUUAUUGAGAUAUAUCAGAGUGAAAGUUUUCUAACCUAUAAAUUAAAGAAUUUUGUUAUUCUUACUUUAUAAAAUAUUUCGAAUUACAAUUAAUGUAAUAACAUAAAACUGUGAUUUAAAAGUGUAAUAUUAGUUAAAUCACCUUUAAUAAUGGCAACUACAGAAACAAAUCCUGGCUGGGCAGAUGCUAUUCAAAAAAUUUUAAAAACUAACAAACCAAAAAGAAAAAAGACAAUAGUGUUAUCUAAAGCUAAAAAGCUUAAUGAAGUGAAAAAGAAAGAAAGUUUACCUGUGGAAACUGAUACAGUUGAAAAUAAAGAAGAAAAAUCAGAUAUCACUGAUGGUAAAGAAAAUCUAUUAUUGAAAAAAAAACCAAGACAGAAGGAUAAUUUAGGUAUAAGAGUGAAACCAUCUAUUCUUGACAGAGAACGUGAAAGACUUCUUCAAAAAAUUGCAACCAAAGGUGUAGUACAAUUGUUCAAUGCAGUAAGGCAACAACAAACCGACACGAAUCAAAAAUUGCAGGAUGCUGGACCCUUAGAGAGGAAACGUGAACAAGUAUUUAAAAAUAUAGAUAAACGUGCAUUUUUGGAUGUACUUAUGGGUGAAUCCAAAAGUAUUCCUGUAGACAAAAAUAUUCCAAAUCAAAUUGAAGAAGAUAAUACAGAAAAUAAGGAAGACAAAGUAUGGUCAGUUUUAAGAGAUGAUUUUGUUAUGGGUGCAAAAUUGAAAGAUUGGGAUAAAAAACAAAUAGAUGAUGAAGAAGAUUCUUCAGCACCUGAAGAUAUGGAUGAUAAUGAUGAUGAUGAUGAU